AUGCCCCGAGCCGCCCCGCUCCUGCUGCUGCUGCUCGCCCUGGCCCAGCGCCGCGCCUGCCUUCCCUCGCCGGCCAGCGCCGCGCCCCCCGGCCGGGACCCCUGCCUCAGCCAGCCCUGCCGCAACAACGGCACCUGCUCGCCGCUGCCGCCGCCCCGCCGCCUCCAGCUGAUCCUGCCCCAGCCCCCGGCCGGCUACAGCUGCGCCUGCCCCCCGGGGGUCACCGGCGACUCCUGCCAGUUUAUUUCAGAUCCUUGUGCCAGCAACCCCUGUCACCAUGGUAACUGCAGCAGCAGGAGGGAUGGCUACCUCUGUCUGUGCAGUGAAGGCUUCCAGGGAACAAACUGUGAGCGCUCCCUCCCCAGCCUUGCAGCCUCCGAAGGGCCAGAGGCCACCUCAGCCCAGCACAGCAGCCCAGCCUCGUCCACCCUGGAGCCUGACGUGUCUCUGCCCCGCUCCAGAGCCACUGUGACAUUGCCCACGUGGCAGCCAAAGGCAGGACAGAGAGUUGUGGAUCUCAAAUGGGAUGAAAUAGAGAUAACCCCAGAUGUGGCUUGUGGAAAUGCCAGUUCCAAUACUUCUGCUGGAGGCCGGCUUAUCUCCUUCGAAGUUCCACAGAAUACAUCAAUAAAAAUAAGGCAAGAUGCCACUGCUUCUCUCAUCCUGCUCUGGAAGGUCACAAGCACUGGAUUUAAACAGUGUUCACUUAUUGAUGGCAGAAGUGUCACUCUUCUCCAGGCACUGGGGGGACUUGUGCUUUCUGAAGAAAUGCUUGCAUUAGGAAACAACUACUUUAUUGGUUUUUUGAAUGAUUCAGUUACCAAGUGCAUUGUGGCUCUACGCUUGACUGUGGUGGUGAAAGUGAGUACCUGCAUGCCUGUGGGAAGCCAUUCAGACAACUUCCCAUGUUCAGGGAAAGGGAAAUGCAUCACCAAGCCAGAUGAGGCAACAUUUUUUUGUGAGUGUGAAGAUGCAUAUAAGGGUUCCCUGUGUGAAGAAUUUGAUGCCUGUCAGAGCCAACCUUGCCAGAACAAUGCAACCUGCACUGAUGUAGCACAGAAACACGACAGGAACGAUUUCACCUGCAGCUGCCUGCCUGGUUACACUGGAGAGCUGUGCCAGUCAGAGAUUGAUCAUUGCAUCCAGCAGCCAUGCCAGAAUGGAGGGACCUGCUCAUCCCACCUCAAUGGAUUCAGCUGUCACUGCCCAGAAGGGUUUUUAGGAAACACUUGUGAGGACAAAAUAGACCCUUGUGCGUCAUCUCCCUGCCAGAACAAUGGAACCUGUUAUGCAGACAGACUUGCUUUCUCCUGCAGCUGUAGUUCUGGAUUUACAGGACCUACAUGUGCUCAGCUGAUUGACUUCUGUGCUCUGAAUCCGUGUGCACAUGGCAUUUGUCGCAGCGUCGGAACCAGCUACAGAUGCCUCUGUAUCCCUGGUUACCAUGGCCUUUACUGUGAGGAGGAGUACAAUGAAUGCCUCUCUGCACCCUGCCAGAACGGAGCCACCUGCAGAGACCUUGUCAACAGCUACGAGUGUGUGUGCCUUGCUGAAUAUGAAGGAAGGCAUUGUGAAUUAUACAAAGAUCCUUGUAUUAACAUCAACUGCCAGAACGGUGGCACUUGUGACAGCGAAGGUCUAAAUGCUACAUGUAUUUGUGCACCUGGAUAUGCAGGUGAAGAAUGUGAACUUGAUGUAAAUGACUGUGACAGUAACCCAUGUCACCAUGCUGGAACUUGCAUAGAUCAGGCUGGUGGUUACACCUGCCAUUGUCCUCAUGGAUGGGUUGGUGCAAACUGUGAAAUACAUCUGCAGUGGAAGUCUGGUCAUAUGGCAGAGAGUCUAACAAAUAUGCCUCGUCACUCCCUCUACAUCAUCAUCGGGGCCCUGUGUGUGGCCUUUGUCCUGAUGCUGAUCAUCCUGAUCGUGGGCAUCUGCCGCAUCAGCCGCAUCGAGUACCAGGGCUCUUCCAGGCCAGCCUACGAAGAAUUUUACAACUGUAGGAGCAUUGACAGUGAAUUCAGCAGUGCAAUCGCUUCCAUCCGACACGCCAGGUUUGGAAAGAAAUCCCGACCUGCAAUGUAUGAUGCAACCCCCAUUGCUUAUGAAGAUUACAGCCCAGAUGACAAACCUUUGGUUACACUGAUUAAGACAAAAGAUUUGUAA